ACAGACGACCAGUCAGAAGUAGUCGCUAGCCAAAAGCGAAUGGUGGAAGAAGAAGUUUUUAAGCUGUGCGCGCGCUUAAAUCGAAUGUUUAGAAGCUGUUUUUUGAGAAAUUAAUAACGGUUUUCGGUUAAAGAAAAUUUAAAAAAAUAUAUUUAUUAAACUGUGAAACAUUCGUUGUGGUUGUACGAGACAGCAAAGUAAACAGAAGGUCUUCCAUUUUUUCAAAGAAAACUGAAAGAAAAAAAAUAAUAUUUUGUGGACUUUUAAAAUUUGUGCCUUAUUGUAAAGGAAGAUUUAACGCUACAAAGAGAUUGUUAACAGAAGCCUAUGGAAUACUGAAGAAAUUAUUGAAAUCUAGUAGCUAACAUGUGUUGAAAACAAAAUCGCAAAAAUCAAACAACGAAAUUUUUAAUGCCAUAUCUAGUAUUAAUAGCAAAAAAAAAAUAAAAACAAAACGGCAACUUGGUUUUUAUGGAAAUUGAAAAUAUCAGCGUUUAAUCGUCCAGUUUGAUAAUAUACGUGUACAAAUUGACAUUUCUGGCGAAUUGUUUGCAUAUUUCCAAUAAGAAACCCAAUAAAAACAUCACGUUUCAACGUUCAUUUGAAUUGUUUUGUUUUUUUUUUACAACAAAAACAAUAAAUAACUAAUCGCUUGCAAUAAUAACAACAAUAUGAACAUUCACAUAGUUGUACACAACUUAGACAUGCAAUGAAUUUUGUACAGAAACAAGAAUAACCUCCAAACUAUACAACGACGAUUCGUUGGUGUUUUUAUAAACGAUACCAGGGAGUACAAAGACUACAAAGACAAUAAAAAGGAAAUUAAGCAUAAAAGAGAAGAGCUGCAUUUAGAGACUACAAGACGUAGUAAGAGAUUAAGAAAAACUCGUCCAUCUCCCUUUGACAGUACCUGAACUCUGCAAAGGUCAGAAAUAAAAAGAAGCAACCAUUUGUCAUUAUUAUCUUGCAAGCCAUUCUUCUACUUCUUAAGUCAGCUUAAGAAGACAAAGACCUUUUGCAAAAAAAAAAAAAGUAAAACCAAGCACGUCCAAACCCAAGCAAACAGAAUUGUAAAGGCCAGAUCUGUACUAAAAGCAGUAAACAAGAACACCAAAAGGCUUGGGAGUGUACAGUAAAAACUGUUGCCAAGUCCAUAAGUCAGUCACAUACAAAACAACAACAACUAAAGAAAAGAAGAAAAAACUUAUUUGGAGACAGGCACACUUCGUACCAGCAAGCAAGCCAGCCAGCCAGACCAGACCAGACAGAGGAGGCAAUACACAAUAAAAGCAAUAAUCAACGCCGCUGUGACGUGCUAAAAAUAAACUAACCCUACCCUAACUAUUGGCGUUUUGUGUUAAGCUGCUGUUGUUGUUGAGUUUUUUUGAGUUUGCAAAGACAACAACAACAACAAAUUCGCUAUACAGAACAGCAACAACAGUGUAAUCAUCAUAUUACCACACACACUUCAUCAACAUCAUCAUGGAUUACUUCGUAAAGGCCUAUAAAGAUUGGAAACUGCAUUCACAGUUCCAUGAAAUUGUUCCCGAUAUGGAUGAUGAUUUUGUCUUCAAUGAAAAACAAUCAAUACGCGAUUCUUCACGUUCUCUAAAGAAAUAUGGCAGUACAUGCUGUAAUCAAAAUAUACGCAACAAUGAAAUACUUGUCCGUCAUGUAGUGGAGAAGACCGACACAUUACAGGGUAUUGCUCUGAAAUAUGGUUGCACUACGGAACAAAUACGUCGUGCCAAUCGUCUUUUUGCCUCGGACAGUUUAUUUUUACGUCAAUUUUUGAUGAUACCUGUCGACAAGUCAUCCAUUUACAAUCCCAAUGCUACACCCGGUGACAUCUUGAGCAGCCUGGACAAUGUGAUAGAGAACAAUGCCACCAACAGCAUCAACAAUGUUGAUGUUCUAUUCAAUGGUUUGGUUGGUGAUCCUCUAAAUUGUACCUCUGCCUCAUCGACUCUAUCCUCUAACUCUGCCUCGUCUUCUUCAAUGUCAUCGACAUCGGAUGUGGGUGGCAGCAAUCCGCAUCCGGGUACAUUGCCCACACGACCCUAUUCGAUAGCCGGCGAGUUGUUAGUACAAACCGAUGAUGUUGAGACCAGCCUAAACAAGUCGAACAAUGGCAAUACAACAAAACAGAGUAAAUCAUUGGAUUCGGUGGCAGCUGUGGCUGCAUUAACGCCCGAGGAGGAAAGUCGCCGUAGCAUAAAUGAGUUUUUAAGUAAAAUCGAUAACACGAUAUCAGAGUCACGCAAAUAUGUGGAAAAGUCGAAAGAAAUGAUCUCCAAUCAGACUGAUGAUGAUUUAUUUGUUGCCACCGAAGUUGUCUCCCGCAGACGUAACAACAACAUCAACAACUCCUACAAAAAGAACAGUUCAAAUACGUCCCAACACAUACGACACAGUUCGACGGGCAGUAAUUCAGAUACUGCCAAUCUCUUGAACACGACACAAAUGCGUCGAGUGCAAAAACGUUUGGAACAGCAGCAGGAUGAUUUCUUUGAAUUGUAGCAUAAUAAAAUAGUUUAGAUAAUACCUACACAUAUACGUCUAUAUAUAUAUAUUUACUAGAGAUGGUACUAAAAUUAAUAAUAGUUGACUGAAAUAUGCAACAAAACAAAAAAAAAGGAAAAUGUAAUACGACCAUCGAUAUUUCAAACAAAAAAACUCAACUACAGUUUAAUAUACACAAGAGCACAGGAGAUGAAGAAGCAGCAGCAGAAGAAGAAAAAACGUCCUAAAAUGAUGAUAAAUAUUUAAAUAACAUUUUAACCUAUUGCUUGAUUUUAUAUUUAUUUUAAUUGUAUAUACAUUUUAGAAUUGCCUUGUACAUGGAAAAGAUAAUACAUGUUUCUUUGAAUAUACUUAGCCGGGAGUUGUAGCAACACACAGAAAGAUGAAUACUUCGUGGACGGAGAUUUGUAAAAGAAACUCAGUCAAGAACAUGAAAGAGAUGAAGACGAAGAAGCUAAAAAGGAAAGUAAAUUUAAGAUAGCAAUCUCGGUAACUAAGAAGAUGAUCCUCACUAACUGAGGAAAGAGUCCUCAGUUAUAAAGGUAUAAACCUUCGGUAACUUCAAAAGCAAUAUAUGAGGAGAGAGUCUUCAGUAACUUCGGUAACAGUCCUCAGUAACUAAAGAGUCAGUCCUUAAUGACUGAAGAUGGAGAACUCAAUAUCAAUAACGUCAGUUACUAAGGAUAGAGUCAUCUGUAACUGAAGAUAGAGUCCUCUAUAACUGAGGAUAGAGUCCUCAGUUUUUGUAGAUAGAUUUUUUCAGUAACUGAGUAUAGAGUCCUCUGUAACUGAGGAUAGAGUUUUCAGUGACUGAGGAUAUAGUAGUUUCCUUAUUGAGUCUGAAUCUGCAGCUCAAAAUCAAUCUGCGCAGCCUAAAAGGAAAUAUGCAUUGAAAGGAAAACAGGGAGACUAAUGUGGAUAAGGGCGCAUCUUCUCCACAAAUUUGGAGAUUUUUAAAUGAAACUUUCUGUGUGUGUUUGAGUCCCGAACAGCAUAGAUUUUGUGUUGUCAAACAACAGCAAGCCAAAGAAUGUUAAUGACAUUCCAGGGUUCGAGUGUUUGAAUGAAAUUGUUGUUUUUUAUUGGUAUGUUAAUUGAAAAAUGCAGAUCUAUAGGGUUAUUAGGAACAAACAAAGAAAUUUGUUUAAAAUACUAUUCUCUAUAGACUAUAUUCCGACUGUUUACCUACCAAAAUGUGUGAUCUUAAACGAUAAAUGAAAAGAAAAUAGGUAUUGUGCAUUUACAUUUUAACUGUAUUGCAGCUUUGUAAUUAAAAAAUAUAUAUAUUUUUAAUUCAUCUAUAUUUUCAAAAUUAUACAGAAAAAAAAUAGAAACCACUUUAAGUAAUAGUUAUUAAUAUUUUAAAUUUUAGUUGUAUUUCUUUUUUUACUUAUAACAUUAUAAACAGAAAUAGGUUCUCCCGCUUCAAUAACAUCUAAUGUUUAUUUAUAGAUUGUAAAGAUUUUAAUUUUUUUCAUUACUUUACAUUUACACAAUUACCCUUCCCCCUUCUUUCCUCUACCCACAUCACAUUGUAGUACCUUAUUAAUAUUAUAUAUAUGAGAGAAAAACAAAA